AACUGAUUAUACGUACUACAAACGGCGUGGUGGAGAUGACGACGACUGGUGGUACUGGGUUUGGCGGAGUCGGACACGGUCGUAGUAGAAAAGCACCUCAUGCAGAUGACGAUGAAGAAGAGGAUCCAGUAGAAACGUUACUUGAUAAAACAGGGUGUGCAAAAUACCACUACGCAGUACAGCCCCCAAGUGACUGUGAGGAUUGUAUGUUUGAAAACAAAGACUGGAGAAAGUGUCAAGCAGAAGUUAAUGAGUUUCGUCAGUGUAUCAUGAAACAACAAACAAAAGACACGACUGGAAAGAAAUCAUGACCAUUAAUUCCAGAGUGUAUCUUGAGUCAGAACAAAUUAUCUUUGAUGCAGGUCCUUGACAAAUCUAGUUGUGUUAGUGUGUGUAUAAUGCAGAUUGCCAAUAUUAAAUUUUUUUCCCAAC